AUGAUGCAACUUCUACUUGCAAUUCUUUGUGCUACCCCCAACAUUAGAUCAAGUUUCUCUGCAAAAGUCUUUCUAUACAGUAUUUUCUUUUAUAUUUUACGUAAAAAUAACUUGUUUUUUUAUCACUCUAACUGUUUCAUCAGUCAAAAGUAUCAUUAUCCGUUGCUCCAAAACUUGCCCUUUAUAAAGCAACCAAAGGAUCUUUGGCUUUUGGAGAGAUCUUUGCAGUCAAUUUGGCCCUUGGAAUCCAAAAGUGAAGCAAAACAAAUUGGCUUUUGGGAUUUUAUAAGAAGAUUAGGCUCCUGGGCUAUACACAAUAGAAGCUUGGUUAGUGGAGAUAGAGAGAUGGCUAGGGAACGAUGGAAUACCACCAGUGGGAUCCAUGGGCUUGAAUCAAUACUUGGUUUUUGGGCAGGUGUAAUGAUGUUUGCACUAGUCCUUUUUGCAGUCAUAAUCUUUUCAUGUGCUGAAGGAGCGGAAUCAAAAGACAAAAAUGAUGGCGGAGGAGACACCACGGCCUAUGGUGGUAGUGAAUGUGUUGCAGGGUGUGGUGCAGGAUGCGGUGGCUAG